ACGGCAAAGUAUGACUGGGGUGCUCUGAAAGAUGAAAUAAUUAAGAAGAUUAGAAAUGAAGAUGAUGAGAAAAUAAGGAUAAAACAGUUAAAGUCGAUUGUGCAAAAUAAAGAGAAGACUGUGCGAGAAUAUAUAAAUAGAUUUGAUGCUUACAUGGAACCAAUUAAGGAUGUCAUAAGAAAAGAUGAAAAGCUUGACUGGUUCCUUGAAGAACUUAAUGAUUCAUUUAGAACUAGAGUAGAAUUUCGUUGCCCUAAGAAAUAUGAUAAUGCAAGAAAAUGGGCUUUGCAAGUUGAAAAUUAUCAAAGAAAAAAGGAAUGUAAAGACAUACAAAAGGAUACAGUUAUUCAAGAAGAAGGUAAUUACUCAAUUCAGAGUGAGAUUGAUGAACUGAAAACUGCUUUCAGUGAUAUAAAGAUCAAUUGUGUAGAUCAGCCAUCUAUAAAACGUGAAGAAAUAGAUGGUUCAAAAGUAAUAAAAUGGUUUAAUUGUUAUGAAGAAGGUCAUAUGGCACAAAAUUGCCCAAAACAGAACUAUUCUAAAGAAAAUAAAAGUGAUGAUAUUCAGAUUGUUGGGGCAGAUGUACGUUUUAUAGUGCUUAUGGAAGGACAAGUAGAUGUAGAACAAGAUCAUCUUCAGGUUGAAAUAAUGGAUGCUAAUGAAUUGUUUGAUAAAUAG